GGUUUCGCAUCAGGUUUUAGCUUGCUAGUAGAAUAAAUUUGAGAUCGACGGAGUCAGCGUUUUUUAAAAACAAUUUUUACAUUACUUAUAUUAUUUUAUCUAUCAAAUUUUCGACUUAUUUACACCAGUAUCGUCAUACAGAAUGGCUGAAAGCAAUGCCGCCCCAUCGGCCAAUGAAGAGCCCGUCGACGAAGAACUGGACGAAUUAUUAAACAGUGCAAUCAAUGACUUUGACAAGCCCUCGGAUGCUCCGGCUGAGGCGAAGACGGAUGGAAAGGCUGACAAAGGUGUCGGUGACCUUUGGGGCUCAGAGUUUACAGCACUAGAAGCUGAAGAGGAGUUGAAACUGAUGGAGCAAAAGAUGAAAGAACUAUUUUCAAGCAUGGGCGAUGGUGCUUUCGGUGGAUCGGAAGAGCUAGACGAUGAUUUUAAGAAAAUUGCCGCUGAAGCAAAUAGAUAUUUUACAGACAGUACAUCUAGAGAUACUGAUUUUACCAAUAAAAUAUCCCAAGCGCUUAAAAGUUUAUCAGUUGAUGCUGAAAACGUUAAAACCCCAUUGGAUCCUGAAGCACUCUCUUCUAUGUUUAACGGAUUGCAGUUUGGUGAAUCUGGUAUGCCGGGUGAUUUUUUACCUAUGAUGCACGAUAUAAUGCAAAUGUUUCUUUCAAAAGAAGUGUUCUACCCUCCAUUGAAAGACAUCUGUGUUAAGUUCCCCAAAUGGUUGGAAAGAGAAAAAGGUAAUUUGACAGAAAAUGAUUACCAAAAUUACGUUAAACAACAUAAACUAAUGGAAAACGUUUGCCACGAGUUUGAACAAGAGAACGCUAAUGACAGUGAUGAAGUUAGAAAAAAUAGGUUUACCAAAAUUUUAAGCCUCAUGGAGGAGAUCCAAAAGUUUGGCGUCCUCCCUGAAGAAUUUACUGAAGCGUCCCUAUUGCAAAAUCUUGAUGGACUGAAACUCCCUCCUGAUAUGCCCCGUCUUGAACCUGGUCAAUGUGCAGUUAUGUAAAAAUAGAUGCCUUUUUCUUAGUUAAAAAAAAACUGUAAAUUAUAUUUUUUUAUUUAUUGUAACUGUGCAAUGGGGAGGGGGUAGUCUUUUUGAAAAAGAAUCGUGUUUCUUUUAGUUCACUACAUGUUUGUGUUACCUUGUCUUUACUCUUUUUAAAUAUUUCUAUUGUAACAAUAAUAAAAUAUUAGGCCUAAUGAUUAAGUGGUUUGUUGAAUGAGCACUUUAUAAAAUGUGAUUAAUUUUA